AACUUUGCAGUGUUCUAGUUAUGGGAGAAUUGUUGGGGAAUCCAGCUUCUUUUGCAAUAAUAUCAGAUGGGUUUAGAUUGCAGUAUCAUUCAUGCAACCAAAGUAGAGAUACUGUUUGUUGUAGGUGUUUUUAUGGUUGUUUCAGAGGUGGUCUGCCUUUGAAAAGGUGCAGAAAACGUGUAAUGAAAUGUAGAGUAUACACGGCUUUGGUGCCUGUGUCUGUUCGUAAAUAUGUUCGGUUUAGUCGAUUAUCGAUGAAUAAUUCAAUGAUGAAUUUGCAAUUUAAGUCCUCUAUGGUAGAUGAUAGGGUUAAAGUAAUGAAGAUGUCUACUGGUUUUGAAUCUGAUGAUGAAAAUGGUUUGAUUGAAAAUGAAAAAGAAGAAUUUGAGUUGGAUUCUUUGUGUCGAAAUUUGCCUCCUUGGGGAAAUUUGGUGGUCGACCGGAAUUCGGAUUUUGCGACCGAAAGUAUAGAUCGACCUUCAACAUGUUCAAAUGUGAAGGACCCUGUACAAGAUGCUAAGGUACACUUUUUGGAGGAAAGGAAUGAAAAGGAAUUAUCAAGAAGAAUAUUGAUGCUUAGUAGGUCCAACAAGGUUAGAAGUGCAAUGGAAUUGUGUAAAUCAAUGGAGUUUUCUGGUCUUAAACCCGAUGCUCAUGCAUGUAAUUCUCUUCUCUCAUGUCUGCUAAGAAAUGGGAUGCUCGAUGAUGCCUUGCGAACUUUUGAGUUUAUGAAGAACAAUGAAAUUAUCACAGGACAUACUUAUAGUUUAAUGCUGAAAGCCAUUGCAGAUAGUCAGGGGUGUGAUGCGACCCUCGAUAUGUUUGCAGAAUUGGAAGGGGAUUCGAAAAAGGGAAAGAGUUUCGAUGUGAUUGUUUAUAAUACGGCUCUUUCAAUUUGUGGAAAAUCAAACAAUUGGGUUGAAGCUGAGAGGUUAUGGAGAAGAAUCCAGGAGAAUUGCUAUAUAGGGACACAAGUCACUUAUUCCUUGCUAGUUAGCAUUUUUGUUCGUUGUAAUCAAUGCGAAUUGGCGCUUGAUGCUUACAGUGAGAUGAUACGAAAUGGAGUCGAAUCGCGGGAUGACACGAUGCAUGCCGUGAUUAACGCAUGUGCAAAGGAAGGGAAAUGGGAUUUAGCAUUAUCAAUCUUUCGGAAGAUGUUGAAUGAUGGGUGGAAGCCGAAUGCAGUAGCAUGCAAUGCAUUGAUUAAUUCACUUGGAAAAGCUGGAGAGAUCAAAUUAGCUUUUAAAAUCUAUGAUAUUAUGACAUUUUUGGGUCAUAAACCAGAUGAUUUCACAUGGAACUCAUUGCUUGGUGCUUUGUAUAGAGCAAAUCAACAUGCCGAUGCUCUUCACCUCUUCGAAAGAAUAAGACAACAGAACUCACCCGCAAACCUUCAUCUAUAUAACACCGCACUAAUGUGUUGCCAGAAGCUCGGUUCAUGGGAUAAGGCCUUGCAGCUUUUAUGGCAAUUGGAGGCUUCAGGAUUAUCGGUUUCGACCACAUCAUAUAAUCUCGUCAUUGGAGCUUGCGAGACUGCUAGGAAACCAAAAGUUGCAUUGCAAGUUUACGACCACAUGAUUCAUCAAAAGUGUGUUCCGGAUACGUUUACUCAUUUGUCAUUAAUAAGAAGCUGCAUCUGGGGAUCUCUUUGGGCUGAAGUGGAGGAAAUCUUAGAGAGAGUUCCACCAGAUGUUUCUCUUUAUAAUGCUGUUAUUCAUGGAAUGUGUUUGAGAGGCAAAGUUGAACCAGCAAAGAAACUCUACUUCAGAAUGCAAAAAUGUGGUCUCAAACCUGAUGGCAAAACAAGAGCUUUGAUGCUUCAGAACUUGCGAAAAGAUCAAUUUAAAGUGAAGAAAUCACCCUAAUGGUCCGAUCCCUUUUUCUUUUUGUUGUAUUCAUAUCUGAUACUUAUAUCAGAUGUAUAUAAAAAAUUGUGUUAUACUUACAGUAUUUAAUCAAAAACAUAAAUACCAAAUUUUAGACAGAUAAUGAUAAAGCUUCUCAACUUUCGGUUCCAAAUUGUUGUUGAGUUUGUUUGACUUUCAGAUGGCCUGUGAUAAAGCUUCUUCGCCACCGGUUC